ACUGUGUAUAAUGGGUUACAUCUUUCCAGAAAUGUUGUGUCUCCUUUGCAGAGAUGCGGGACUCAAAUAAAAGCAACGCUGGGAGCUCUAAGAUCCAGGGGCUCUGGAGGAGGUUUCUUGAGUAAGCCACUGAGCCUCCUGACAUUUCGGUGGUUCUCCAGCUUUCAGGAUGCUCACUCUGGAUAUCCUAAAGGAUCCAGGUGUUCUCAUGAAGGCUCCAGGAAUUCCAAUAUUGCUUCCAGGUUCUUGAGGCAUUGAAGCUAGUUCUAGAGACUCUUAGGUUGCAGGAUUCUUGAGGAGGUUGUCAUUUAUACGUCGUCAGUGAUGUUAGGAGACUUUAGGGUCCAGAUGUUCCAGAGACAAGAAGACUUGAAAAGGUGUCCAGAGGUGCGUUGAAAGUUCUAGUGUUUGAGGGCAUUAAAAAUGUUCUUGAGGACUUUUUGAGGUGAUCUUGAGGGAGGAUUCAGUGGUAUUUGGAGAUGUUCCAUGUUCAAGGAGAACCCCUGGCUUGUGACUAGGUUCCUGGAGACCUUUUACAGGUUUCAGGGAUCUUUAAGGAGUUUCUGAAGUCUCUUUCCUGAGAACAUGUGAGAGCUCUAUGAGGAAGGUCCAGAGGUCCCUCAGGAGGUUCCAGGGGCUGAUGAGGUUAAAAACAUUUAAAGUGUUCUUAAGGACAUUUAAUGGGCUCUUUGGGGAAGGUUCAAGAGGUUCUUGGAGACGUUCCAAAGCAGGGCAUGUAGUAAAUGUUACAGUACUGUGGUACAGGUCUGGAUAUGUACAAAGUGGAGUUAAUGGCCGUGAGAAAACUUUGUCGGCACUGCAGUGACCUGCAUAAAUAAACAGCCUCCACUCUGAGAUACAGGACGUCAUUCCUCUGCAAACCUCCCCUUAAACCCUGAAUAAAUACAGGUUUAAAAAACAUGAAUGUUCAGUCGCACACACACACACACACGUAUACACACAUAUAUAUAUCCUGUAUAUACAAUUACACAUACAUACGACCCGGCGGUGUCCCCGCAUACAGUCCUGAUAAACUGAUUUCUGGUAAAUCUCUGCUAAAUGUUCAAAUGUGUUUACAUAUACAGUCCAACACACACACACACUCAAAGAGCAGCUGAGUGAUUUGAUAUCUGAUAGAGCAGAUGAACAAAUAAGGGUGGAACUCUGAGUGCAGACCGCCAUUCACAUCAACAGGAAGAAAUAUGUGUGUGUUUAAUUCUGAACUUUUGACAGUUUGGCUGCUUCCCAAUCCUCAUUAAUCUGUUGUUUUCCAGUCUUCAGUUAUUGCUGUUGUAGUUAUCUCAAGGAAGUUUUAAUCGAAAAGCAACUGGACUUAGUUGUAGUCUAGGAAGACGUUUCACCUCUCAUCCAAGAGGAUCUUUAAAAAAAUCCCCUGAACUUGUGAAAACCCUAAAAUCCACAAAGAAGGCCCUGAAGCCUUCCCCAGGAACUCAAGAAACAUCUUGUCCAACUUCCAGAAUAUUUAUUAUGACCACAGGAACUCCCCCAGGGAUUUUUGGAGCUUCUUCUGGAGACUUUUCAAAACUCAACUCCAGAAAACCUUUUCAGGAACCUCUAGGAAUCCAUCAAGCUUUCCUGGGACCUUAAAGACUCCUAGAACAUCCUCAAAGACCACUUAAAAGGCCAUAUAGAAGUCCUGAAACUCUAAAAACUCAGAGCCUCUAAAACCUGCUCUUAUUCUUUAUAACCACUGCAACCUCCCCAAAGUCCUUCCUGUAGAGUCCCUGAAAUCUUCAAAUCUGGAACUUCCUCUAGGAUCUCUCCUGACUUUCAUAGAACCCACUUAAUAAUCCAUCUUGUCAGACCUCCAAAACUUUCUGUAUGAGCACUGGGUCCACCUCUAAAACCUCAAGGACCUCUAAAAUCCUUUAAUGACAUCUGAAAUCCUGAGUGUCUCCUCUCAGUCCCCAAAGACUCAUUGGACCUCCUUAAACACCCUUUCAGACCCCUGAAUCCUCCUGAAGAGCCCCCGAAACCCUCCAAAUAACUAGAACCACUGGAACCUCCUCAAAAAUACAUCUUGUCAAGGAAAUAUCCUGGCUUCUCUAAAUCCUGCAUAGCGAACCUUAAAACCUCCUUGGGAACCCAAGUCUCUAAAGGUCGACAUGAGGACUUGUUGAAAUAUCCUCAUCCUUAAACCUAGAAAGUGUCCACACUCUGUAGUCUCUUCAAAAACCCCUGGAACUUCAUCAUAAAAACCUGGGCUGAGGAAACUCUCUGGUCCCUGAUGGGAGGAGGACAGAGAGGAGGAGGAGGACUGGAGGACAGAGAGGAGGAGGAGGAGGAGGUAAAAGGCGUUUUUCUCUCCAUCCACUAAGAGGGAGUGGUGCACCGCUGAAAGCAACAGGCUUCAACCCUGAUCCGUCAAACUCUGUCUAUUAGUGUCUGUGAGCGCGUGCGCGUCAGCUGUCCGCGUGCACAAACACGCACGCACCUCCCUCCUCCUCCUCCUCCUCCUCCUCCUCCCGUAUUUCCGUAAUCUGGCAGAGUGGAGAGAUGAAGAGCCGGAGGAUUACUUCUACAGAGGGAAGAGGAGGAGAAAGCGCGCGCGGAGCAGUCAGUCCUGAUCAAUAGAGACCAGUAGAGUAGAGUAGAGUCAGUCAGACUGACCCGGAGCUGCAGGUCGUCUCGCGCUAAACACAGUUUUUAUUGGACUCGAUAUUUAUCCCGGGACAGGACCUGACUGGAAGUCUUCUCUUCGGUCCGCAGAGCAGCAGCAGCUGCUGGAAGGACCGGCUGAUGAUGAUGAGGAGGAUGAUGAUGAAGGCGCUCCCCCCGCUCCGCGCGCUCCACCAGCGACCCGAGCCGGUCUAAGAUGCCACCGGGCCCCGGCGCUCGGCACGCGGCUCCGAUCGAGAGUAACCCGGGAUAAUUAAACAGAAAAAAACAGAACAAGAAGCAGCAGCGACACAAACACCGCGGGGAGUCAUCCCGACCGGGACGAGCCGGGAGGGAGAACCCGGGAUCAGCGAGCGGUGCCCGGGGAGCGGAGGCGCACAGAGGCGCGUGAAGAGCCGCAGAGAGAGGAGCGGCACAGAGCUCCGCAGUGAUGCUGCUCCCGCGGCUCCCGGUCCUCUCCGCGCUCCUCGUGCUGCUCCUGGCCGCGGGACGCUGCGCCGCGGCGGCUCUGCUCAGGGGCCCCGGCACGCGGGCGGACGGACGCCUGGACGGCCGCGGAGCGCUGGAGCUGGUCGGCCGGCACCAGAGGGCGAGGCCGGAGACGGCGGCGGGUCUGACCGGGCACGGAGUCCGAACCCCGGAGAGAGCGAGCAGGUCACACCACGGACUGGAGGGUCAUCCCAGAGAUCCACGACACAAGGAUAAGUUCAUCAGACACCUGACAGGUCCUCUUUACUUCAACCCAAAGUGCAGAAAACAUUUCAACAGACUGUACCACAACACCAGGGACUGCACCGUACCUGCCUAUUAUAAAAGAUGUGCUCGUCUGCUGACUCAACUGGCCAACAGCCCUCGCUGUGCAGAGAGAUAAACAGACUGAGAGACGCCUCCAGGUGGACAGUGUUGCCAUGACAACAAGGAGGACGGGGCAUCCUAACGAGCGGCAAAAGUUUUCCAGCCAAUAGAAACUCCUCUGACGAUCCACCAACAGCCAUCAGAGCACACUGUUUGAAUCAUUUCGUUCCAUUCAGUUUGAAGAUUUGUUUUUACUGAACCUAGACGACUGCUUUCCCUAAAUGCACCUCAUUACGUACAUCAGUAAGCUCUCGUAUCACCACUCAAAACACCACAACAUUCAGCUCCGGUUCUGAUGUGUUCAGGUCAGUUCAGUACAAAACUAGGCCGAUAAAAGUGCAGGUUUAAGGUCAAUAGAUUUGUGGUGAACUUGUGAUCAAACAGUUUCUUAUAUGGACGUCCAGCAGCUACAGAUCAACAUGAUGAUUCAUGUGGAGUACUCCCAGUGCUCCCUCUCUUUAGCUCUGUGUUUGGUCUCCACCACCUCCUGAUGGAGUUCUGAUUAUAGCUGCUUUAAGUUAUACUCCUCACUGCUCUCAUCACUCUCUACCUGACUCUAUUCUACUCUAAUGUCCUCUACGACUCAUCAACAUCAUCUUUACUGUGCCUCUAAAUCCAGUCUACACAACCACACUCACCUCAGCUGUGUUCUGCUGUAUUCUACUGGACUCUACUCUGCAGAGCUCCACACUGGCAGGAAACUAAUCUUCAGCCUUUCACGUUUAGACUGAGAAAAAAAGGAUUUCUAUUUUUCUGAAGUGAACGUUCCUCUGGGUGAUUAUUCUGAUGGAGCUGCUUCAGUUGAAAAUCAAGGCUGGUCUCAACAGAAGAUUAUUUUUUGCCCUCAAAAACUUUUACCUGGGAUGAAUGUCUUCUUCCUGCUCCUGCAGGACAUCAGUGUUUUGUGUUAUUUUGGACGAUGGACGCCUGAAUAAUGUUUAACCUUCCGUUUGAAGCUAUAGAGGAUCUAAAUGGACAAAUCCUCUGAUUGGACCACAGCUACAUGACAGUACUUUGUUGCCUUUGGUUCUGUCAUUCUGUGACAGGAACUUCUGAGAUGCUGAAUGUGUUUUAUGGUACAUGCUGCAUAAUUAUGAUAAUAAUAAUAAUAUUCCAGUGUAUUUAUAUUGUUGAAGCUGCCAUCACGUGUGCAGAACAGAGCUACCUGCAGCCCUGUGUGCAAUAUGUACAUACUGAAAGAGGAAUAAAAACACACGUUUGAUAUAUA